GUUGUGACUCUGGAAUAGGGGGGACCAUGGAGAUCUUCAGCAUUCAGCAGUUGGUAAGUGAUGAACGACAUGAGGGGAAAGGGCGAGGUUUCGAGGAACUCUCCAGAAAUGCAGCCAAAGAGCCGGAAAUUUGGCAGCCGGGCCCAGCUGGUGUAUGGGAAGCUGUCAGCAAGGAGAAACAGAAGGCAGAAGAGGAGAGGAGAAGAAAGCUUGAGACACUCAGUAACUCCAGACUGAAGCUGGACAGCUUGGAGGACUUGGAGGCCAUUAUCAAGCUGCGCAAAAACAAGAAGAAACGGAAGAAGGUGGUCCGCCCCAAGGAACGCGAGCCAGAAGUAAUAACAGAACCUGUGAACCCAGAACAGUUUCUGCAAGCAGCCCUGGAAAACCGGAUCCUCGUGAUUGACAAAUAUCUGGCAGAUGGAGGGGAUCCCAACGCUCAUGACAAGUUCAAAUGCACCGCCCUGCAUCGGGCCUGCCUCCGAGGCCAUGCAGAGAUCGUGGAGAAACUACUGGAAGCCGGGGCCAAACUGGAACCAAGAGACAUGCUCGAUGCGACACCUGUGUUCUGGGCCUGCCGUGGGGGACACCUGGAGAUCCUCAAGCGCCUGAUCAACAGGGGAGCCAAGAUCUCCACAAGGGACAAGCUCUGGAGCACCCCGCUGCACGUGGCUGUCCGGACAGGGCACUGUGACUGCGCAGAGCAUCUCAUUGCCUGCGGGGCUAACAUCAAUGCACAAGACAAGGAAGGAGACACGCCCAUUCAUGAUGCAGUCCGGCUGGGACGUUUCAAGGCUGUGAAGAUGCUACUGAUGUAUGGUGCCAACCUCAACAUCCAGAAUGAGGCGGCAGUGACUCCGGUGGACCUGGUGAAGGACUGGCAGACGGGCAUCCGGGAGACGCUGCAGGCAUGUGCUGACCGGCAGCAUCCCUACAUCAGGAACUGAGGAGUGUGGAGGGGCUUCAGUGGGGGGGGGAAUGCUGGCCCCAGAAGCUGGCAUCCCACUCCUCCACCAGCCUGUGACCAACAGCCCCCACUAGGUUUGGCCACUUUGCACGCCAAGCUGGUGCUGUGGGCAGGACUGCGGUCUCUUCACGACUCCAGUUCCAGUGAAGUCUACAGUACAUCCUCCGGCCAAGAUGGGAGAAGAGAGUCCCUUGGAAACAUCUCUUUGUAACACAGACCUCAAAAGAGACUUUCCUGCAGCUGGGAGUGCACCGGGACAGCAGUGCUGCUCCUGGAUGUCACAGAGAAGAGAUGGUCCCAUGAGGGAAACUAAGGCACGAGAGAGAUGACACUUGAAUCCCAGGUGCCUCUGGGGGGUGGUGGGGGUUCAGCCUCUUCCGUUAGCAAUAGGAAUUGUCCUCACCUCUUGGUUAAGGCAGAUGUGCCCAAGCCAAAGAGGACAGGAGCAAAAGCUGUGUCCUUAAGGUGGGUGCACGGUAAACCUUAGGCAUUUCCUAAGCGACUCAGUGUCAAAGAAACUGCAGGGGGGAGACUGCGGCAUCUCCUUCAGUGGUUGUCAAAGAGGACUGGGGAAGCGCCUAUCGCCCAGGGCUUGGCUAAGCCCAGUGCAUCUGCAUGGGGAAGAAAGCCCCACAGCCUGGAAGAAGGGCCAGGUCUCCGCUCCAGCCUUGCUCAGAUCCCAGAGCCUUUGCGCUUCAUCUCCUCUUGUUCUUUACAGAAUGCAGGUGCUUCCUAGUAUGGCCCUCCCGGGUUCAGUGGUUGAGGGCCAAAAGAGGUCCCUAGCAGAGGGGGAGGGUGGGAGGGAAGAUGUGGACGAGGCAAGCUAAGCUGCAGUUAGGCCUGAGCCUGCUUCCUGCACACUGGAACAAGGGUCAUCUCUCUCCGGAGUCUCAGUUUCCCUCGGUUGCAAGGCAUGAGAGAAGAAGGAGGCCCUUCUGUUUCUAAGUAUUGGGACUCUUCCCUUGUAGGAAUCCCUGCACCAGAGCCUGCCAUACGACGUCAUUACCUCUUUGCCCUCAGCCCUUGUGGUGGCAGCAGCCACACCCUCUUUGCCAUUCCCAGCCACUGCUGUGGGGCUUUAUGUCCUCAUGAUCCUCUCAUUCCUUCCCUGCUGGCAAAGUGGGAUCUUGACGCUGCUGGCCAGGCCAAGAGACCCCCAGCCAGCAUUCUCUGCAAAGGAUGUUAUUUGGUCAGGGCCAAGCAGGCGCAGUUGCCACUGGCUGGCCACCCUGCCAUUUUCUCGCUACCCAAUGGUCAGUGUGUCUGGAGCAUGCAGAGCAGCUCCCUGACUCAGUCCACUGAUAACUUGCACAUGAAACUGGUUUUGUGUAUUGUGUACCUGAUAACCUCUUAACCUUUACAAGAAAAUCCCAGCGAAAGAGCCCCAGAGCGAGGAUGGGCAUUGCCCUGAGUGUCUUGAUGACAACCAGCAUGGCUUGCCCUGGCCUUUCUGUCUGGUACGUGGGCCAUACUGAACUCUGGAGAAUGAAUGAAUGAAUGCAAAACCUCUUCACCCUGCCCACUUUGCAGAAAAAGAGCAGCUGGGUUGGAAGGAAUUACUUGAACAGAUCUUUACAGAGGGGUGCGAGAUCUCACCUCUUCCAAGUUGAUCCUGAAUUGUAAAUGCAUCACAAACUGUGUACUUGUCUCUAUUUUUUAUGAAUUACUGAUCAAUUCAAGCGGUGAUGAGCAAGGAACACGUUGCCAUGGUGGAAGAGUGAGCAACUCAUUCAGUCCACUGGGUGGAGCUAGCCUUUGGCCGUGUUCUCAGUUGACUGCCGCUCAGUGCACAACGCAGCCCACCACCCCAUUCUCUGUCCCCACCCUCUGUCACAGGGCACGCUGCCGGAGACGGGCUGUGCCAGACAAUGUUGGGUGGCAGAGGGCCUGAAUGGAGGAGGCCAGGGCCUGCUGAAACCCUCGUGACUCAAAAGCCAGCUUUUGGCAAUGAUCAGCUUUUGUGAUGUGUUUUCUCUCUGGCAAAUAAUAAAAUUAUUUUAAGGCCUCUUUUGAAGGCAUGUGGA